AUGGGUAUCAACAAUCCUGUUCCUAGAAGUUUGAAGAACGAGACAAAGAAAGCUGCAAAGAUUCUUGCAAGUUUUAUCAAACCAAACCAAAUGCUUGGUGUUGACCAAGUUAUCCCACCAGAUAUCUUACAAAAUGCUAAAGGUUUAGCCAUAAUAACAGUAUUGAAAGCUGGGUUCUUAUUCUCAGGUAGAGCUGGGUCAGGUGUCAUCGUGGCUCGUUUGCCUGAUGGUUCGUGGUCUCCUCCCUCUGCAAUUGUCACUGCUGGUGCUGGUGUGGGUGGUCAAGUUGGUGCUGAAUUGACCGAUUUCGUCUUUAUCUUGAAUACAAAGGAAGCUGUCAAUUCUUUUGCCCAAGCUGGAUCAAUCACAUUGGGUGGUAACAUUUCUGUUGCUGCAGGUCCUUUAGGUAGAAAUGCAGAAGCUGGUGGUACUGCUUCUUUGAAAUCAGUUGCUGCUAUUUUCUCUUAUUCUAAAACUAAAGGUUUAUAUGCCGGUGUCUCAUUGGAAGGUUCAGCCAUUGUGGAGAGAAGAGAAGCAAAUAGAAAAUUCUAUGGUAACAAUUGUAAAGCUAGACAAAUUUUGGCUGGUAGAGUGGAGCCUCCAGCUGCUUGUGAAUCAUUAUUUAGAGUUUUAGAAUCUAAAGCUUUCAACAAGAGAAGAGACUACUAUGAAGAUGAUGAUUACUAUGAUGAUAUUCCAGAUUUCAACUCUGAAUCCUCGGAUUCAUUAGAAAGUGGUAGUAGAAGAUCUUAUCAAAGAGGUGGUGCUUUUGCUAGAACUGGAGGAUCAUCGAGAAGAACAGCAACAAGGUAUUCCGAUGAUGAUUAUUCUGAUGAUGAUGGUGACUAUUAUAACAGAGGAAGCUCGAGACUAGGCGCGAGUGGGAAUGGUUCAAGAUCGAAAACUGCUCAUAAAAGUUCCUCCUGGGAAGAUGAUGUUUAUGAUCGUUACGAUUCUCCAAAAUCAAGAAAUAAGUCAUAUGGUAGCGAUGAUGACAGCAUUGAUGAUUUGAAUCGUCGCUUCCAAAAAUCUCAUUUUGAAUCUAGUUAUUCUGAUAAACCUUCAAGACCAAGAUCUGAAAAACCAAACUUUGGUGGUGCAAGCACGUCCAGAUCUUCUGCUCCUUCUCAACCAAGAGGUUCAAAAGCCAUUGCACUGUUUUCAUUUGAUGGUGAGCAAUCAGGUGAUUUACCGUUUAGAAAAGGGGAUGUGAUUCAAAUAGUGAAGAAAUCAGAUUCAACUGAUGAUUGGUGGACUGGUAGAGUGAAUGGUAAAGAAGGUAUUUUCCCGGCAAAUUAUGUUGAACUAGCUUGA